AGAGCAAGCAGUUUAAGGCACCAGUAGGCCCGCAGACGGUGCGAGGAGGUGAAUUCGAUCACACACCGCUGCAGCGAACGCGCAUCGACGCAAUUUCAAUCAGUGCUUGCCGCUACGGCCAGUUUGCAUCGGAGAGCAUCUGUGGCAGCAAGGCAGAUCGGCGUGCGAUAUCGACGCCGUGGACGCGUUGACGUCGCAUUGAUCACUGCGGCAGCAUGUUGGCAAUGCGUAUCGCGUCGCGAGUUGCGAGGACCGCCAUACGCGCGCGGACGCCGCCGGCGCUGCGCAGCCGCACCAUCACAACUACCGCAGCGGUCUGCACCGAGCUCGGCGCGCCGCUCACGGUCCGCGACGACUGGACCCUCGCGGCGCCGGGCCCGGGCGAGGUGCUCGUGGAGACGCGGGCGGCGGGCCUGAAUUUUGCGGAAGUGCUCCAGACGAAGGGCCUGUACCAGGAACGCCUGGAGCCGCCCUUUGUGCCGGGAAACGAGUGCAGCGGUACUGUCGAGGCGGUGGGUGCCGGCGUCGCCCACGUCAAGGCGGGCGACGCGGUCAUAGCGUUACCGCGCGGCGGCGCCUGGGCGCGCCACUGUGUUGUUAGUGGCGCUGCCGUCGCGCCACUGCCGAAGCCCCCAUCGAGCGACGCCGAGUGGCGGCAAGCCGCUUCAUUGGCAGUCGCCUACGGCACGGCGGACAUGGCGUUACGACGACGGGCGCGUAUGAGCGAAGGCGAGACCGUAUUGAUAACGGCGGCGGCGGGCGGCGUGGGACUAGCUGCGGUGGAACUCGCGGCGCAGGCGGGCUGCAACGUCAUCGCGGCGACGGGCUCGCCCGAAAAGGCGGAAAUUGCGCUGGCCGCGGGCGCGGCCGCGGCGGUGUCCUACGGCGACGACCCGCGCGCCUUCCGCGAGCACGUCAAGGAGCUGGCGCCGGGCGGCGUCGACGUCGCCGUGGAUAUGGUUUGGCUGCGGUGCGGAAUAUGACAGUCGCGUAGUGGAGUGAUCUCAUUGAUCCCUACACAGGUGGGCGGGCCGCAUCUGGAAGCGAUCGUCCGGUCGAUGGCCUUCGACGGGCGAUGCGUGGUCGUGGGCUGUGUAGAAAUCAAGCAGUGAGUUAGGUAAUGGAGACCUUCGUGACCUCCACGCCAUCUAGAAGACGUAGUUACGGGGACAAUAUCGCGUCGAUGGCGUGAGACGCCCGAAAUUUGAUUUCCACACAGGUCGUGGGCUUCGCGUCGGGGGACAUCCCGAAGGUCCCGGCAAAUUUGUUGCUCGUGAAGAAUUGUUCGCUGGUGGGUUUGUACUGGGGCGCGCACGCCAAGGCCCGGCCGGACGCGUUCCGCGAGUCGCUCGGGCGCGUUUCGAAGAUGUGGGCCGACGGACUUAUAAAUCCUCGAGUCGGCCUCGCGCUGCCGCUGCGCGAGGCCAACGCCGCCGUCGCAGCUCUAGCGGGCCGCAAGUCGACGGGAAAAGUCGUACUCACAAUGGACGAUUAAGUAGUAUACCC